AGCAAACAGUGGCGCGGUGACUUCCAGAGGCCGACUUGAGAGUGGCUAUGGCGUCGCAGUCACACGGUCACAUGCUGAUGCUGCUCAGUGCGCCUCUUUUUCAUUCUGCGGGGCGCAAGUUGCUCCCGUUAAGUACCCUCCGGGUUGUCGCUCUUCAGUUCGUCACGUUCUUGCGGUGCCAUCAAUCUCUCUUAUGCUUUGUUUGGUUCAAUUUCCGGUUGGAACAGUGGCGAAUAGUUAUCGAGGCGUCGGGGCGACGGGCUUUACAUAUGUAGUGGUCGAAGAGUAUUCUCAAUGCGCAUGUAGCUUCGUUGUUGCGGAGUUGGAAUUCUCGGACGACAGUUAGUGAGUUUAUUGGAGAUUGAGACUUGGUUGAAGCUGAAGGGAGUGGUGGGGGAUUUGUUUGGGAGUGGAAUUUUGUGGAGUGUGAUGGAUUGUCGGAACCUGGAGGCUGUAUCUGGAGAACUCUUGGAUAAGCGUUGCUGGCCAGUUGGAGAUCGCGUCGGUAGCUGAAGAGGUGGUGUUAUGGUGCAUUGUGACGUGGUGCUGUUUGGAGCGACGCUGCGAAAGGGGUGGUUUCGUUUGCGAGAUUGGUUGUGCUACGGUUUUCUGAGCUGAGAGGUUUUUGAUGAGCUUAGUUGACGAGUUCCGGAAGUCCACAUCACGGGGGGUAAGGCGGAUGGUUCGGAUUCCAAAGGCCUUCUCCCACCUCACGUCAUUAGGGUUUUUCGAAGUCUUUGAUUAUUUUAGUUGGACAAUGCGAUCUACUGCACCAAUUUCUUGUUUUGAAAUUGACGAGAAUGUGUCAAACUGUGACUUGGAGCGUCAGUGAAUAUUUCUUACCCUCGGAAGGGGCAUUUGGAGCUCAAUCUUAAGCGCAGGCGUGAGGUUUCUUGAGGAUUAGGAUUUGGAGAUGAGCAGAUGGCUCGUUUCGCAGCAUCUGGAUUCUUAAAGUAGAUUGAGCGGUUUUCGAGAGAAUUCGUGUGCAGGCAGCUUUGGAAAUGGCAACUGUUGUGACGAAGUGAAGCUUUGACAUGAGGGCAACAAGCAGAGCGGAUAUGGAAGAAGGGCCAGAGCCGUUUACCGAGGGGUCGGUGGGGCUCCAUGUUCUCUCCGUAGGAGAUGUGAAGCAAGAUCAGCGGUUGAGCUCCUGGCCUGAGGAUGAUAACAAGUACGCGGUUGUAGUUGCAGUAAACCCUGCAUUGGACAAGGACUUCCUCUGCCCUAUUUGCAUACAGACUAUGAAGGACGCUUUCUUGACCGCAUGCGGGCACAGCUUUUGUUACAAGUGUAUUAUGACGCAUUUAAGCAACAAGAACAAUUGUCCUUGCUGUGGAUUGUACCUUACUAACAGCCAGAUUUUUCCCAAUUUUUUACUUAGUAAGUUUUUAGGAAAGGCGCCCACUUCCCAGCUUGUCAGUAACGCAUCUCCAGCUGAGCAUUUACGGCUCGCCCUUCAGCAGGGUGCGGAUUUACCCAUUGAAGACAUAGACUCUCUUAUGCACUUACUGUCGGAGACGAAACGAAAAGCUGAACAAGAAGAAGCCGAAACUAAUAUGGAGAUUUUAUUGGAGUUUCUAGAUCGAUCUCGGCAGCAGAGACAAGAAGAGUUCAACCUUAUUCAAGGGGAUCUUCAGUUUCUUAGGGAAGAUAUCAGCAUUGUGGAGAAGCAGCGGCAAGACCUCGUACGAGCUAAGGAGAAAUAUGGUCUAAUAAUUCGCUUGAGUGGAUCAUCAUCCUGCAUGCCAGACACUUUAGGUUAAGUGAUUUUGAACACAAAAAAUGGCGGAGCUAUUUCUCAGAAUCGAUGUGGUCAAGAUGGUGCAUCAGUUCCAGCAACUUUGCUUCCCACUAGUGUUCAGAGAGAUCAGAGAGGGCGUGGUACUUCUAUUGAGCCCCAUAAAAAGGAAAUAUUAGCAGAAGGUGUGACAUUGAACAAGUGCCAAACCGACUCGCAGCGGUUGUCAUCUUCACCAGCGGUUCUGACAAUGGCAAAGAAACGCCGUGUGUUGGCUCAGUUUGAGGAUUUACAAGAAGCUUAUCUGCAGCACAGGAGGAAAGUAACACAGGUUCAAGGUCAGAAACAAAAGGUACAGAAAACGGUUGCAGAUAAGAGCGAAGAAGUUACAUUCGCAGGUUCCGAUCGGUACUGCUCCGGCUUAAAUGAUUUCCAGUCCGUCCUCACUGCCUUUACACGCUACAGUCGGAUGCGUGUAGUUGCAGAGCUGCGUCACGGAGAUUUAUUUCAUUCCUCAAAUAUUGUUUCAAGCAUUGAAUUUGAUAGGGAUGACGAAUUCUUCGCAACUGCUGGUGUUUCAAGGCGGAUCAAAGUUUUUGAAUUUGCAACGGUUGUCAAUGAGUUGGCUGAUGUCCAUUGUCCAGUAGUGGAGAUAUCAACACGGUCAAAAUUAAGUAGCCUAAGUUGGAAUAAGUGCAUCAAAUCGCACAUUGCCAGCAGUGAUUACGAAGGCAUAAUUACUGUCUGGGACAUCAAUACACAUCAGAGCGUCAUGGAAUAUGAAGAACACGAGAAACGGGCCUGGAGUGUAGAUUUUUCACGAACUGACCCGACUAUGCUUGUGUCAGGAAGUGAUGACGGCAAGGUGAAACUAUGGUGUACAAGGCAAGAGUCAAGUGUACUUACCAUGGAUAUGAAAGCAAAUAUUUGCUGUGUGAAGUAUAAUCCAAGUUCAAGCAACUACGUGGCUAUUGGUUCUGCGGAUCAUCACAUUCAUUACUUUGAUGUGCGUAGCCCUCAGUUACCCCUGUAUGUGUUUCAUGGUCAUCGUAAAGCUGUUUCUUAUGUCAAAUUCUUAUCUUCAAACGAGUUGGCAUCUGCAUCAACCGACAGCACUUUGCGUCUUUGGGAUGUCAAGUCGAACUGCGCGAUAAGGACACUGAGAGGACAUACCAACGAAAAGAAUUUUGUUGGGCUAUCUGUUAACAGUGAAUAUAUAGGUUGUGGUAGUGUAACAAAUGAGGUGUUUGUUUACCACAAGGCCAUGUCGAAACCAACAUGUUCGCACAGAUUUGGAUCCCUAGAUGAGGAAAGUGAUGAUGAUACCUCCCACUUCAUAAGUGCCGUGUGUUGGAAAAGUGAGAGCCCCACCAUGCUUGCGGCCAAUUCCCAAGGCACAAUCAAAGUCCAGGUGCUUGCUCCUUGAUUCAAUUGCGAUGUCUGUGCCUUUCGGGCCAUGAGUUGUAACAAGGUUGCAGGAUGUACCUUCAUUUUAUCAAUGAUCCAUUCUAGUUUUGAUUGGUUCAUGUAAUCUAUCCCCUGGUUUCUACCCGUGAAUGUUAUUAAGAAACCUAUUUUUGGUAGCCCUCUUUGAUACACGUCCCGACUUGACGGAUUUCUCUGUUUCUGUGAGAAGAGGUUUUUCGCUACGAUAAAUACCAGCGUGGUGCAAACUACGAUAAAUGAGAGUUGUUUUUGGAACCGAUUUUCCCUGGUUUUGGUCCUAUUA